AUGGCGGUGAAUGUAAAGGGGGUCUGGCUGGGCAUCAAAUACGCGGUCCCCGUGAUGCGUGAGCGCGGGGGAGGCAGCAUUGUCAUCACCUCGUCCACUGCCGGGAUUGGCGGGACACCGGAAAUGUCGGCCUACAAUACCAGCAAGCACGCCGUUAUCGGCCUGAUGCGCACGGCGGCACUGGAGGGUGCGCCGGAUGGCAUUCGGGUCAACACCGUGAACCCAUCGCCCAUCGAGACCCGGAUGAUGCGAUCGAUCGAGGAGAUGCGUGUGGCGGCGUUCGACGACUCGACCGUUACGGUUGAUGUGGCGAAGCAGGCCUUCGCCGACCGCAUACCACUGCAACGCUACGGAAACCCCGAGGAAGUGGCGCGGAUGAUGCUGUUCCUAUCAAGCGACGACAGCAGCUUCUGCACGGGGGGUGUCUACAUGGUGGACGGCGGCAGGUCGGCGGGGAGCAGAUAG